AUGAGUGCAACCAACACUCUCAAGCUUCUCAAAGUUGAUCAUGAAGCACAAGAUAACCAUGUGGAUGUCAACAAAGUGAAAGUUGGCUUCGCUACAGAGCGAGCUUUGGAGGAACAUGUGAAGAACUCAGGAGCUGAGAGGCAGAGGCUUGAGUUUAGGCAAAACUUUAAGCUUUUUUUGUCAAAGAGCCUGUGCCUCCACCAGAAGAGAAUGAGGUACCACCUAUGUCUGCAGCAAAUGAUGAUGAGAGUCCUGGAGGCUCAGUUUCCACGGCUCUGCACCAUUCCAGAGGCUCUGGAGAGCCGGACGUGUUGCCCGCUCUGGAGAGGCUCUCCUUGUGGCUUCGACUCAGGGAGAGGAGUCUGUGCUCCACACCCUGCGAGAGACCUCCCCAAACCGGUCGACUACAGGAUCAACUGGCCCCGUGCCUUCUAUGAUUCAGUCUGCACCUGCUGGGGGAACUAUGAUGGAUUUGACUGUGGUCAGUGUCUGCCAGGCUGGAAGGGACCUCACUGCAUGCAGCGGCACCACAUAGUGAGGAAAGAAAUAACAGAUCUGACUGACCAGGAGAGGGAGAACUUCCUCUCAAGGCUGUACAAGGCAAAAUUCAGCACCAGCGACCGUUACAUGAUCCUCACCAGCAGGGACACCACUGUGGAGGAGAAUUACACAUUUCAAAACACAAGCGUGUAUGACCUGUACGUGUGGAUGCACUACUACUCUGCCAAGAGCUACGCUGGGUCUGAAAAUAAUGCUGCUCACCGGGGCCCCGCUUUUGCUUUUUGGCACCGUGUUUUUCUACUUUUCAUGGAGAGGGAGAUCAGGGAGCUCACUGGAGACCAGGACUUCUACAUCCCAUACUGGGACUGGACCAGGACCAACCACUGUAACAUCUGCACUAACCAGUAUUUUGGAGGAGCUGGCCAAAAUGGACACAUAGACAAUGCCUCACCCUUCUCAAAGUGGGAGACUAUAUGUCCAUAUCAGGAGUCUCUUGGUAUAAUCUGCAUCCAGACUGAUCCCUCUGCACCCAGGCGUCUGAUCCGCAACCCCGGAAUGGACCCAAUGUUCAAAACACUGCCCACUGCUGAGGAUGUUGAGAAUAUUAUGGCGACAGAGAGUUUUGACACACCACCAUUUGACAAGACAUCCAGGAACAGCUUCCGGAACAAGCUAGAGGGAUUUGAAAUUCCCCUGGAUUCCCGCCACCUCAAUGCCUCCAUGCACAACCUGAUCCACAGAUACCUGAAUGGCACCAUGUCUCUGGUCCCCACUGCUGCCAACGAUCCUAUAUUCAUGCUGCAUCACUGUUUCAUUGACAAGCUUCUUGAGAAGUGGUUACAGAGCCACAAUGAUGCUACCUACCCUGACAGUGACCAGGUUCACCCGGCCCAGAGGGCACAGGCCUACAUGGCCCCGUUCUUCCCCCUCCGAAGCAACAGCUUCUACUGGGGCAGAGACACCCGGAGCCUGGGCUAUGUCUACAAGGAAGAGAGCACAGCAAGGACGGCUACAGUUUCAUGA